CGCACGAAGGUGGUGGCGCUCUCCGAUUUGUGCGGAUGAUAUAUUUCUUCUUAGUUUUGCUUGGAGUUAAUCAAUUUUAAAGCUUAAAUUCUGUUUCACCAACAGGUGAGUUCAUAUAUUCGUUGCUAUUUGUUGUGAUAUCGAAACGAUACAACUGAUGCAUGGCGUCAUUCAACCCUGACACGCCUCUAGAUGCCUUGGAGCUGAGCUAUAUCAGCGAGCAGCUGGGCCCUUACGAUUGGAGGAAGCUCGGUCUGUACCUCGGUAUAACGGAGACCCGAUUAGCCAACUGGGAGAGGCAGUACAUGAUGAACAUAGAACAGGCUGCCAGUCAAAUGCUCUACACAUGGCACAACAACCAACAUCCGUCCCAAGAGCGGAAGUUGCUGAUAGAGGCUCUGGAGAAGACAAAGCUGAGGAGUCUUGGAGAGAAGGUCCGCAUGGGCGAAUGUCGGCGCACAGUUCCGCCGGGCAUGAGGCCUAUACCCCCGGAGCCCUUCAACAAUCAUCAGCACCCUACCCCUCCCGCCCAAAGGUACGAACCCAUCGCCCAUCUCCCGCAACAACCCGACAUACUACCCAUGCGAAUACCCCAGCAAACCAGCUAUGAGAUAACGGAGAUCAAGCUAAGGGAUGUUUCCAACAAGCUAGGUUCCGAGUGGAGGAUGGUUGGAACUUUUUUAGGCUUCAACAACUCUCAGAUUGAGGUUAUGCAGGAAGAACAUCGAGUCGUUAAGGAAUGUAUCUUCCAAAUGUUACUACAAUGGCGAAACACCAACGGUGUCCAGGCUACAAAGACUAAAUUAAAGAAGGCGCUGCAGCGAUCGCAACGUGAAGAUUUGGUGGAUUUCAUUGAUGAAGCGGAUGAUUGAGUCCUAGCUAAAUGACAAAAACUUUGAUGAAAUGACAGACUGAUGAAGCCUUUCCAGAGUCUCCUGUAGGAGGUCAAGAGGACCAUGACUACAUCAUUGAAAUCACCAAACUGGAAAGAAACUUAAAGGGCAAGUCUACCCUGGUCAUGUAAUGCCUGGCUGGAAUGCUCCCCAGGGAGUGGAGAUUGUGCACACAUUGUUUGCGGGCAAGCACUUAAUCC